GUUCCUGAACUACUGCGUCGUUUAAAUAGCACUGCCCAUUCUACACAUUCGAAAUCCUUGUGAAAUCCAUGACGUAAUAUAUGUAGUAAUCUAUAUCUACAAUGUAUGUAUUGCGACACGAGUAUAUGAAAACCAGGCCCGUUAACCGAACAUGAAGAAAUUGAUAUGGAUGACAUUCUUAUUGCCAAAUGUGUGUGGUGUUGACAAGAUAGCAGAGGCCUGCUAUGGCGAUGGUUGGCAUCUACAGCCUGGCUGUGGUACUCAGGAAACAACGUAUCCAGGCCUAAUCUUUCUCGGUGCCAAGGACCCAUUAAGUUGUCCAUCUGUACUGAAUUACAACGAGACGAAUUCUACGCUAACAGAUUUGUGCUGUCGGAUAAAUCAAUCUAAUACAUGUGGGGGAAUGUUGAAUAUCACUACUCGCCCAGUGUACCAGACAUAUUUCACCAAAUGUGUGGGAAGACAGCAGUGCUCAGAUGAUGUACCUAUAGAACGAAUCCAAAGUUCCACAUUUCAAAACUGUAAUCCACAGUUUCAUGAAAAUACAACAGUUGUAACUAUGACGUAUGAGUGCAUUAAAGCUGUGAGAAAUAUGUUCAACGUAAGCAUCAUUACAAAUCAUUCGGCAAUUCACAUCAAAGGACAGGACUAUCCUAAUCCAAUACAAAAGCGGGGAGUAGACUGCAACAAUCCCGAUGACGUCAUUCAAUGCUCAAUAGAGACCAGAGACUGUAGUGAUGUGAUUAAUGUGGAAUCCUGGGAUCUGAGGUUGGAGCACGGACAGGAACUCUGGUUCUGUGAAUUGAAUGAAACUGUCAAACUGACCUCGGACAACAACACUGGGGUACACAAGAAUCUGAAUGCGUAUCAGAGCGUGACUAACCGCAUCAUCGUGACAUUCAAAAAUAAUUUUUCCCGUGAUGGUGGUCAUUUCUGGCUUGCAUUUGUUCCAGAUCCAGUUUCUUCGACAUUAACAGUAAAGUGUCCUGUAGCGAAUGCAAGCUGUCCUCAAUAUUCCUCUUGCCACAUAUUUCAGGAAAGGACCUGCCCACCGUGUGGCACUAAUUGUAUUGAUGACAAAAACAAAGUUCCUUAUGAUAUUAUUAUUGCCAGUGUGGUGGUAUUUUUCCUCAUCGUUUUGAUUGUGAUAAUAAUAGUUCUAUGGAAGUAUGGCUGUUUGAAGAGAAAAAUCAAACCCAAUACAGGGAAUGGCAAUAAUCAACCGCAGCCAUCUGGAGAUGAUUUAGCUGAGCGAGAUCAAAAUGAUAUAGCCUUAACACGUCCAAUCAACAGGCUACCACCCAUAGCCCCCACUACCCAAAAUGAAAGUGAAGAAAUUAGGACACGAAAGGAGAAGAAAAAGAGGAAAAAGAAAAGAAAGACUGUGACUGAAGACAACUCAUUUUCAGAUCCGAAUGAGGCAUCAAUGACACAAGGAACUGAGGUAUCAAAGAUGACUAAUAGAAAGGAAAGCAAGAAAGAGAAUACAUCAGAAGCAAAUCCAGAUGUGGUGUCGAUUUCUGGAGAGAGAACUGAGGUAUCCGAAAGGACAAGUAGAAUGAAAGGCAAUGCAGAGGACACUUUUACUUCAUGUCCAGAUCCAAACGUGACAUUGAAUUCAGGUGAAGAAAGGGAUGUAGCAGAAACGAGAAAACCAAAGAAACGCAAGCGAAAGAAAACAAAGAAGAACAAAACUAUUCCUGAAGACGAGAUCACUGACAAGUAAAGGGAUUUCCAAUACUUGUAAGGAUUCUACUUCAAAAGAUCGGAUAUUUCAUCUGAUCAUAUACACUUAAAUAUAUGUAGGAGGUAAUAGAAUAACAGUGUAUGUAUACUAACAGAACUAUAUGGUUUGGGGGAUAUAUACUAGACCAAGUUCGUGUCUACACCUGAGUGCCCCCCCCCCCCUUCCCCCCCCCCCCCCCCACGGCACCUGAAUCAAAGUAAUGUGCUUUAUUGACAUAAUGUACAGUCAUUAACAUGUAUCUCAUUAAUGAAAUUCCCUCUUCUAUUAUUGAUGGACGGUAGAAUAGAAAGAUGAGUAAAUGAAUAAGUGGAUUGACACAAGCUUUCUAUUCUUUUUAUUACUAAAAUUCAAUUAGUCCCAAUUAUUUCAAUUUAUCGUUAACAUUCUGCCAGUAAGUAUGAAAUUUUCCAUUUUCAGUCCCAAACACGUCAAAAAUCUUAUCCUGAAUAUUCAGUUAUUUGAUAUUUUUGAUUAAUGGUGAACUAAAACACGUCCCAUUUGAAGUUUAAGGACUAAACAUUCAUGUUAUAUAUGUAUUAUGGAGGAAUACAUGGAUAGAUAAUGGAAGCAUAAUGUGAUUUGUAAAAUUGAACCGAUUAUACAAAAGUUACUCCAAAUCUCCAUUUAGUUUAUAUAUCCCCAAUGUUAUCUAAUACAUUUGUUCACGGUAUUGUUUAUUAAAGCAUAUGACCUGGAUAAGAAUCUGGUUUUUAGAACAGUGUUGUUUGGAAAAUGAUGUAAUACCUGUUACUGGCACUAUUAUUAUUAUUUUAUUCAUCUAUAAAGUGCAAAAUUACAUAUAGUUUCUAUAUACUCUCUAGAAAUAGAAUUCUCCAGAAUUCUGUUCUAGUAUGAAUAAAUCGUAAAUUAUUUCGUCUGUGAAUUCGACGCAGCGGUAAACAAACAAGGGACACUCCUUUGGGAACUUAGAGUAAUGCAAGUUAGUAUUUUAUCAGUGAUAUUUUUUCUGUUAAUAAUUGUAACUGAAUUGUUAAAUCUUUGAAUUGUUUGUGACUGCAUUUUGCUGGUGUUGGGUUUAUUCUUACCCAUGGCACCAAUACUUAUAAUAUAACCAUCCUAAUAGAAAUAUAUUUCUUUAAUUCAUGUUUUGUUGAGGUUUUUAUGCCAAGCUGAAAUUUCACUACUUUUAACGAGAAAUAAAGCAUCAUGCAUUGUUUCAUGGUAAAACGUUUA